GAACGAGUCAGAUAAAAAUAUUGUGGUAUCUCGGCAGAACCAGAGACAGCAGUAAACACGUCAGUACCUGGAAACUUGAAGAUAACCCCAGCUUGUCAACGUGAGGUUGACGAGUGUAAGACUCUGAUGAAACCAGGACCACAAGGAAUUCCCGAUGUGCAGACAGCGUGUGCUGGCUCGACGGACACUAGCUGUACCAUCAAGUACCUGGAAUGUAAGAUACUGACGCCCAGGACACUACGCAACAGAACGUCAACCAACAGGAGAUUAUGCCUGGGCCUAAAGGUGGCAAACUGCGAGACGCGGGCCCAAACUUGCAACCAGAUGCUGCAUCCUUCCCCAGCCUUGCACAGCAACAUGACAGACUGCAUGACAAAAAUUACUGGUUGUCCCCUACAUCCCAGAGUUGACGAGGAGGCUCGCGACCUUAUGAAGCAGUGUUUGGAACGGUUGAGUCACCACUUAUCUUAUUGUAUAUUUUCUUUCCUUACUUAUAUUCCCCUUUCCCGUUGCCUUAGCUUUAGAGCAGACAUUGAGAACUUGAACGACACAGCAGUCAAGGAGGAAGUGCUCAAGAACUUCGACUCCUGCUACAAAGACAACGAGAUGCCGGAAAUCACGAAAUGCCUCGUGAAGAAAUGCAUUAACGUGGUCAGUGUGUGAAGCGCAGUGAGAGUAGUGUCUUAGUGUCCCACUGCGCCGGUGACACAUACACUGGCAGUGCCAGUCACUGGGAGAGGACCAGAGACAACUAGUUGACGAGGUAACAACAGGUGCCACUCUAACAGUCACCGUAAUCAUCCAUCUCUCCAGCAGCCACUUCAACCAUCUCUCCAGCAGCAACUUCAACCAUCUCUCCAGCAGCCACUUCAACCAUCUCUCCAGCAGCCACUUCAACCAUCUCUCCAGCAGCAACUUCAACCAUCUCUCCAGCAGCAACUUCAACCAUCUCUCCAGCAGCCACUUCAACCAUCUCUCCAACAGCCACUUCAACCAUCUCUCCAGCAGCAACUUCAACCAUCUCUCCAGCAGCCACUUCAACCAUCUCUCCAGCAGCAACUUCAACCAUCUCUCAGCAGCCACUUCAACCAUCUCUCCAGCAGCCACUUCAACCAUCUCUCAGCAGCCACUUCAACCAUCUCUCCUGCAGCCACUUCAUCCAUCUCUCCAGCAGCAACUUCAACCAUCUCUCCAGCAGCAACUUCAACCAUCUCUCCAGCAACCACUUCAACCAUCUCUCCAGCAGCAACUUCAACCAUCUCUCCAGCAGCAACUUCAACCACCUCUCCAGCAGCCACUUCAACCAUCUCUCCAGCAGCCACUUCAACCAUCUCUCCAGCAGCAACUUCAACCAUCUCUCCAGCAGCCACUUCAACCAUCUCUCCAGCAGCCACUUCAACCAUCUCUCCAGCAGCCACUUCAACCAUCUCUCCAGCAGCCACUUCAACCAUCUCUCCAGCAGCCACUUCAACCAUCUCUCCAGCAGCCACUUCAACCAUCUCUCCAGCAGCCACUUCAACCAUCUCUCCAGCAGCCACUUCAACCAUCUCUCCAGCAGCCACUUCAACCAUCUCUCCAGCAGCCACUUCAACCAUCUCUCCAGCAGCCACUUCAACCCUCCCUCACCACUAGCCAGCGAUACGUUUUCUUUCACUAAUCGCACAGCUGCGCCUGUACUUCAGCUUUCACUGAUGUAAACUAGUUUUGCACCGACUUUCGUUUGAUAACCUCACUAAUGGUCGGCAAGGUAUUAAAAGUUUUGUAUUAUUAUACCUCA